CUUUGACAAUUUUUUUAAUCCUCACAUGUCUCGGGGGAAUUUUUGUUUUUAGGGCCCUCAUCAGCUACCUGGAAUUUGAAUCAUUUUGCUUUCCCAUCACUAUGGAACCUCGCCCUUCGGUCUGAGGAACGUGUCUCAGAAGAGGUGUCACCCGUCUGUGGUGCAAGUCUCGCGAGAAGGCGACCAUCUCUCGCGUUGCUUCCUUGUUUCCAGAAUCCUUAGCGCGAAGUGGAAAAAGAUUCAUUUAGCUCAGCUUCUUUUGGUUACUGCGGUGUCUUCAGCGGCUUCCCUGUUGCAGGUUCUGCGUGAGAAAUGGCGGCGCCGGAACAGCCGCUGCCGAUGUCGAGAGGAUGCCAGAGUUCUGCUUCGCUUUCUCCGUCGCGGGGGGACCGGACCCUUCUAGUGCGGCACCUGCCAGCGGAGCUGACAGCUGAGGAGAAAGAGGACUUGCUGAAGUAUUUCGGGGCGCAGUCUGUGCGCGUCCUGUCUGAUAAGGGGCGACUGAAACAUACAGCUUUUGCUACUUUCUCUAAUGAAAAAGCAGCUAUAAAGGCACUGACAAGACUUCAUCAGCUGAAACUUUUAGGUCAUACUUUAGUUGUUGAAUUUGCAAAGGAUCAAGAUCGAGUUCAUUCACCAUGUCCCUCUUCAGGCACUGAAAAAAAGAAAAGGUCAGAUGAUCCUGUGGAAGAUAAUAAAGAAAAGAAAGAACUUGAUUGUUUAACCAUAGAAAAUGGAAUUGCACCAAACCAUGGGCUGACUUUUCCUCUAAAUUCAUGCCUCAAGUAUAUGUACCCACCACCUUCAAGCACAAUCCUAGCAAACAUAGUAAAUGCUUUGGCAAGUGUGCCUAAGUUCUACGUACAGGUGCUUCAUCUCAUGAAUAAAAUGAAUUUGCCCACACCUUUUGGACCAAUUACUGCAAGGCCUCCCAUGUAUGAAGACUAUAUGCCAUUACAUGCACCUCUUCCACCUGCAUCUCCUCAGCUGCCGGAGGAACCUCCUUUGCCAGAUGAGGAUGAGGAAUUAUCUAGUAAAGAAUCAGAAUAUGAAAGCAGUGAUGAGGAAGACCGUCAAAGAAUGACCAAACUAAUGGAACUAGCAAAUCUUCAGCCCAAAAGACCAAAAACAAUAAAGCAGCGCCAUGUGAGAAAAAAGAGAAAAAUAAAGGAUAUGUUGAAUAUACCAUCAUCUGCUUCACACAGCAAUUUACAUCCAGUGUUGUUACCUUCGGAUGUAUUUGACCAACCACAACCUGUAGGUAGUAAAAAAAUUGAAUUCCAUAUAUCUACCGACAUGUCAGCUGCAUUUAAGAAAGAUUCUGAAAAAGAACAAAAUUGUGAAGAACAAAAUUGUGACUUACCUGCUACUGAAGUUGAUGAAUCCAAUAUAGGAUUUGGAAAAAUCUUCCCCAAACCAAAUUUGAACAUCGCAGAGGAGAUUAAAGAAGACUCUGAUGAAAUGCCAUCAGAAUGUAUUUCUAGAAGGGAGUUGGAAAAGGGCAGAAUUUCUAGAGAAGAAAUGGAAACACUUUCAGUUUUUAGAAGUUAUGAACCUGGUGAACCAAACUGUAGAAUUUAUGUAAAGAAUUUAGCUAAACAUGUUCAAGAAAAGGACCUUAAAUUUAUCUUUGGAAGAUACGUUGACUUUUCAUCAGAAACACAACGGAUAAUGUUUGAUAUACGCUUGAUGAAAGAAGGUCGCAUGAAAGGACAAGCUUUCAUUGGCCUUCCAAAUGAAAAAGCAGCAGCAAAAGCUUUAAAGGAAGCUAACGGAUAUAUUCUUUUUGGAAAACCUAUGGUAGUUCAGUUUGCUCGAUCUGCUAGACCAAAACAAGAUUCUAAAGAAGGAAAAAGAAAGUGUUAAAAAUUAGUAAAGAAGCAUUCCUGCGUAAAUACUGCUGUAAUACUGUCAUACAAAGUGUAUCCUUUCUUGUCGUAUCCUUUUUGGGGCAGUGUUUUUUGAUUUUCCUACAAGUGUUUUGUCUCUCCCCAACCCAUUGAUCCAGCUUAAGCAAUACUUUUUUUACAAUGUAUUGAAAUGAACUAUUUCUAAAAUUAUCUGUGUUGACUGAACAAAUCUUUUAUGUGAUUUUUAGAUUUGUUGCUGAAUUUUCCGUGCUGUCCUUUAGGUUCUGUAGUUUUUCCAGGGAAAGUUAGUGAAUCAGGUCAACUUAUUUACUUGAAGAAUGUAUACAUUUGCUUUAACACAGAUUUUAUUCUUGUUUCCUCUAUGUAUUUUCUAAACCUAACUCAGUAACAUAUAUGCUUUCUCUUUCAUUAUGUAUCUGGUUUAGGUGUUCUAUGUUUAUAACAUGUUGUAAAAUUUGAUUGGGGAAAGGUUUUUUUUUCUCCUAUUAAAAAGUACAUUUGUUGAAAAUUUAAAUAACUGGAUUUCAAUAUAAAUUCCAAAUAAGAGUAGCAGGCCUUACAUCUGAAGUUUUAUUAUUGAGAGCUCCUUUGAGAUAGCAAGUAGAAGUCUUUUUUCCUUUCUUUUUCUAAGCAAAAUUAAACAAAAGGAAUAAGAAAAGAGUAACAGAGAGGAGAAGACAUAAUGUUGACUCAGGGUAGCUCAAUAAGUGGAAUGAAACAAUUCUGGUAGGUAUGUAAGAGCAGUGGUUUCCAGACUAGUUGAUAACCAGAACCACCUGAACAGUGGUUCUCAGUUUUGGCUGCAUAUUGGAAUGACUUGUGGGACUUAAAAAAAAAAAAUACUGACUAAAGAAAAUAAUAGUAAUAAACUAAAAAAUAUACUGAUGCCUGGGUUUCUCCCCCAGAGUUUUGAUUCAGUUGGUCUGGAUUGCAGCGUAGAUGUUAGGAUUUUCAGACUUCCCAAAGUAUUGCUUCUAAUGUGCAACCAAAAUUGAAAACCACUGAGGAAGGAUUUUUACACAUAAAGAUUCCUGGACUCUGUCCUAGAACUGAUAAAUCAGAAUCUAUGGAAUGGGAACCAAGAAUCUAAUUUAAAAAGGUCCUUAGGAGUUCUAAGGACUGACCAGUUUGGGUACUACUUUGUUAUAUUAAAAUGGUAAGGUGAAUCUGAGACACCAACUUAGCCACCUAAACUUUUAUAAGUAGGAAAAUAAAGCAUUGGAGCCUUUACAUUUCUUUCUUGCAGAUCUUCUAUAAAUAGUACUAUGAAACCAAUGCAACAUUCUGUUAAUAAUUAUUAUCACUCUUAGAGUACAAAAAGUUAGAGAUAUUGAAAUUGCUGUUGCUUUUUUCUAUUGGCACAGUUAAAAUGUUUUAUUUUUCAGUGUUAUAAAUCAGUUUCUGUAUAAGCUGUUUAGAUAAUUAAAAUUUUGUUGUACUGACAUGAUUCACUAAUUUUCUAAAUAUAAAUGUAUUAGUUUUUAGUUACUUUAAAAUUAGUGAACUGUUUUAUAAUCAUGAUUAUUUUUAAUGAAUUUUUAUGGUGUUUUAGGUUCCUUUUGAAUCUUCCAUCUCUCUCAAGUGCUUUCCAACUUUGUGGAGACAAAAUUGACCACUUGAGCUGUGGAACUGUGCGUAACAGCUUUUAAAGUGUAUUUAAAAAUUAAAUCUAUAUGCAUUUAAAUCACUUUAGUAGAGAUAUAUCACAUGUAUUUUAAUCAUCUUCCUCAUAUAUAAUAAAUUAUUUUCUUUCCAAUAAAAUAAUGAUCUUAACUUUUAUGUUGUUUUAUACAUCAGGGAAAGUGUAAUUUGAUAAUUACAUGAAUUUUUUAUUAAAUAAUUUUAUGAUAUUAAAUGUAAAUUUCUUUUAUGAUUACAAAUAUUGCCCUUUUUCAUGAUUAUCUGGAUACUGAUGCACUUAACAUUUUUUUUAUAGUAAUCUUAUUUCUUAUAUUUUGUAAUUAUUCUAGGAGUGGUUUUGUUUGGCUAUGACUUUUGAUGAUUUUUUUUGUCAUUGAUUUUGGGUUUUUUUUAGUAGUGGGGUUUUUUUUGCAGAUUAGGGAAUUUAUAUCCUUGCCCUAACUUAGUCUUCCAGUUUUGUGUCCCCCAAUCUAUCAGGAUGUCAUUCAGUGGUGUAAAUAUUUCUCAUAUAAAAUUAUUCUGUUCCCUUAGUGAAAUUAAUUUCAGCUGUAUGUUAGGUAUGAAACUUUGAUAUGUUUAAUUUGUUCUGAUUGAUACUCUCAGUAUGUAGUAACAGUUUUACCUUAAAGUCACUUAUAUCUUUGUUGGAAUGUUGUGAAUCACAGCUUCUCCCCCUUUUACUCGUAAUUUUGUGAAAUAAGGUAAAUGAAAAAUUUAAAGAUAGAAAUUAGAAGAAUGGGAAUAUAAACCUUGGAAUGUGCUAAUAUUUAGAUGUCAAGUGGUAAGAACACAUUGAAGAAGAAUGACUAGAAUAGGUAGAGCCAAAUGAAUAAAGAAUCUCAGCUAGGAAGGAGUGAUUAAAUGUCAGGUCUGUUAAUGAUGCAAGAAACAUGAGUUCUGAAGAUAACUGCUAAGAAAUCUUGCUUUCUAGGGAAGUAGUGAAAUGGACUGUUAAUAUAGGGAGAUAUAGUAUCAAGAAGGUUUUUGUUUUUAUUUUAUUUUAUAAAAAUUGAAGAUAUAGCAGAUUUAUAUGUUAAUAGGACUAAGCUAGUAGAGAAAAAUGAUGGAGAAAGGAGAGGAAUAUGGCUGGAGCCAUAAAUAUGGUGUACAAAUAGAAGGCUUGGUUUUAAAGAUGGAUGUGUAAACAGCUCAUUAAUAGUGGAAAGAAGAACAGAUUAUGUAGGUCUAGAUACUUGCAGUUUGGUACAUAUAGUGGGAGCAUAUAAAAGUUGUGUUAUAUUUUCUCAGUGAAAUAGGAAGCAAGGUCGUGAAGUAGAGGGAAAAAGUGUUGGGGAAAAAUGUGUUGGAUUGAGGAAAGAAAAGAAGAUGUAAAAUAGAUAUUUAGGAAAAUGAAAGAAUGAGCAGACUCUUAGAAGGAUCGCUAGAAAUAAAGUGCCUACUUGAAGUCCAUGGUUGUUAAUUUAAGUGAGAUGAGUCAACAUGGUUUUGUGUUUUUCUCCAGUUAAGUUUAAGCUUGGUGCUGUCAUUGAAUAGACAUAGAGUGAAAUGUUUAGGGUUGGAAUUUUCCCAGGUGAAUAAAACAAAAAGUGAGAAGGGGAAAGGUGUUGAUAUAAUCAAGAGAAUGAUGAUAAAGAAGGGACAUGGAAAGUAAUCUGAUAAUGAGCAAAUUGAGAAAAUGAAGGAGUUUGAGGCACAGUGGAGAAAUGUAUGAUCCAUUGAGAUUGCAGUGUAAUUGAAGAUGUGUUGUUAUUUUCUGGAGGUAGGAAAUUUGGGAGGUUGAAAGAAGAGAGUAAGAGACUGAAAUUGACAAUAUUAGAGUACAGUAAUUAGUGACUAAGUUCACAUUCUAGAAUGUGAACAUGGUAGUUGAAUGAAAGCGGGGUCAUGGAAAGAGAUGAAUUCAAGAAAUUGAGAAACUCAGGUAUCAUUAGGAUCAUCCAAGUGGAUUUUGAAAUUAUCAGUAAUUAUGACAGGAGUAGUGAACCAAAAGCUAAAUAAAAUUAUUCCUUAGAAUAUGUAAAUCUGUUAGCUAUGCCAAAAAAGAAUAUUUUUGAAAAUCAACCUAAAUAAAACUGGAGUCCCUAUCCUGCCACAGUGACAGGAAUUUCAGCCUAAAUAGUUUACUGAGAAAUAGGGUAUUAAAGUGGUUUUACGGAUAUAGGUUCUAAAUUCAAAUCUUGUGUCUGUAGUUUAAUUGCUUUAUAGCCUCGGACAAGUUCUGUACCUUCUAAAAUUCUGAGGUCUUAGAUAAAGCUUCCGUCAUCUUUCUAUCUUGAUUAUCACUGAGAUGCCAGAUUCUUUCUUGCCAUUCUUAGGGAGCAUGAGACUGUUUGAUAAGUUUAGGAUCUUUGGCGUCACACAUUCCAACUGCAUGACUACUUUGUAAACUGAACGUGUGCCCCAAGUAAGUAAAAUUAGAAAAAUUUCUAGGACUUGUACAGAAACUGCCCCCAACCCAUGAGUUUUUUAAAAAGUCAUGGAGAUGAAGUACUUAUAAUUUGAUCCCAUAGCAAAAGCCCUAACAACUAGUAUGUCAUUUAAUUUUUCAGUUACUUUAAACAUUAAGUACCUUUUUCUUUUUGCCAGAGAGAUUUGGCACACUGGCCAAGUAUGGGUCAAGUAUGUCACCUCUGAGGUGAAAAGUGAAGUUUCAUAUAAACCACAUGAAAUGAGAGUUGGGAAUGAACUUGUUCUCUAAAGGAAAAGCAUAGCACUGUGUAUUCAAAAGAGGAACUUCAAUAUUAGGCAGCCAAAAGCAAAUGUUUUACUACAAUAUGCAAUGUAUAAAACUCUUAAUUGUCAUAUGGCUGUUUUCCAUUUAUGCCUUUUACAAGGGCAGGGACUAGUGUAAAGCGAGGGAGGCUUAUGCUCUCAGAGUAAUGCAAAUGCUCCUCACUUCACCCUAGUCAUGAACAGAAUCAGCAUAAUCCUGAUUAGGUAAAUCAUCAAAUAAAAAGUAGCAGCAUACAAGUUGCUGUUUUAGAUGAUUUGGAAAGUAUUUGCAAAUGAGACUCUUUCAAAAGUCAAUAUCAAGAGAGAUUAAGUCUUUGAAAGGAAGUAAGGGAAAGGAAUCAAUACCUAUUAAGUACCUAAAAUUCAAAAGGCCUGUUACUAAGUGCUUAGAUGUAGUACUUUGAUCUUUACUACCCUGUAAGAAGAGAACAUUUCCCUUUGUGAGUAAUGGAGAAGUUUAAUAAACUUCAACUCUAAGUUAAUAAGAUACUUUGCUACAUUUAAAAUCCUUUACUAAUGCAUGUAAAACGAAAAAUAAUGACUUCAGUAGGACUGUUCAGUAGAGAUGAGAGCUAAUUACAUGUAUUAGGCACAUAAGAGAUAGAACUGAUGAUUCUCAGAAAUAGAAGUAGAAUUGCGACCCCAAGAACUUAAGCUAGUAUAUAUUCUACUCUGGCAUUUCCUGAAAGCAAACUAUAGUAGAGGUAUAGUAGUCACACAAAGGCCAGUAUAGGGAAUCGAAAAUAAACAACCAAGACUCACCAAAUACUGAAAAAGUACCAGGAAAGAGAGAUCCUAUACCCACCAAGCAUAAGCUUUAAUGCCAUGGGGAAAAACUGGGAGAUCAAAUGGGAUAUCUGUGAUUUAAUAUACAAAGAUUUAAAGUGAUAACAUUCAUUUAAAAAUAUGUAUAUAUUUAUAUAUAUAUAAGAAAUGAGUAUAAGGGUAUUUAACUACACAGGAAGUUUUAUUUUUUUAAAUUACGGUAUAGCAUCAAUAUACCACUUCUGUAGUACUUAUAUACCAGGAUCUUUGAAAAUCUAAGAAUUCCAGAAAAAAAUCUGAGCAACUGAUUGAUUUCUUUAUUGUAUGAAUCUUUUCAGAGCUUAAUAAGAUACAUAAAAUAUUAUAUAUUAUUUAUAAAGACAAUUGAAUAUCUUGAUGUGGAAGAAAAAGAUGGAAGGGAAAGAGAUUGAAGUUUAAGUGGGUAGUUCUAUAUAUAUUGGAUUUUUCUUUAGAAAAGAUGUUUGAAGGCUAGUUUGUCUAAAUGUUAACAUCUGUUAAAUCUGGGUGUUGGGAUAUGGGGGUCUGUUAUGUUUUUUUACACUCUUCUGUAUGACAAAUAUAUCACAUCUUAAAUGAAAAAUAAAACAAAAUAGUGAAACACCUCUAA